GGUACAGUGAUGGAGUACCAGGAGGAGUUCGAGCGGGUGUUGCAACACGUCACAGGUGCGAAUGAAGAACUCUUAUCAUCUCCUCCAGCAGGAAAUUUUCUUGCAGAAACCACAAACCUUGGCCGAUUCCUUCGUAUUGGCCCGGGAGCUCGAGGCGAAACAUGCCACCUUGGUCCAAGCGGUGCAACAACGGCCGUACUCGCAGUCUAGUGGUGGUUUUCCCAAGAUUCACGGACAAGAUUUGGUUUUGGGCGUCCAAUGGUUACAACAGCUAGGAAAAGUCACGCAGGAUUAUGCUAAUCUCACCUUGGCUUUCACUUGGGACGGCAAACAAGUGCAGCUACAGGGCGACACCAUGCCCCGGCCGAUUUCUCUCUCCAUGUUUAAAGCCUUGUGGCCAUCACAGGAGGUGGUCGCUUUCUAUGAGUUACUGCCAGUGUCACAUGAGGGAUCCGCGGCAGCGUUGGAACCCUCAGUCGAGCCCCGCAUUCCCGCGGCACUGGUCGAUGUUUUGGAGGCUUACAAAUCCCUCUUUGACAGCCCCUCCGGACUGCCGCCCCACCGCACCCAUGACCACCAAUCAGCCCGUCGCUUACUUUGGCAAAAAAUUGGGGCCUCGACACUAAAUACCAGCUUUCACUCUGGAUUGCACAUGACCCCCUUCCAAGCAUUAUACGGACGGGAGCCUCCGUCUAUCCUGCCCUACUCGUCCGGGGAGUGUGAGAUUCCGGCGGUGGAUUCCCUAUUGACCGAACGGACAGCAUUGUUAUGGCGUCUACGGGAACACCUUCUUGAGGCCCAGAACCAGAUGCGGGCAUCAGCUAAUCUUCACAGACGCGAUGUGCACUUCGAGGUGGGCGACUGGGUGCUUCUCAAAUUAAAGCCUUACCGCCAACAUUAUGUCGCUCGGCGUUCGAAUCAGAAGUUGGCCCGACGUUUCUAUGGGCCUUUCCGGGUAUUACAGCGUGUGGGCAACGUGGCCUACCGCCUUGAGCUGCCUGCCGGGUCUCGGAUACACCCAGUAUUUCAUGUGUCCUUGCUUCGGCCAUUCCAUGGGGACCCAACUUCGGCCAACCCACUUCCCUUGCCCGCGGAAUUGGUCGACGGCAGAGCUCCCUCGCGCCCAGUACGGGUACAUGAUUAUCGCACCACUUUAAUUGAUGGCCUGCCGGUGCGCCAGGCCUUGGUUGAAUGGGCUGAUGGAGGCUUAGCUGAUGCUUCUUGGGAGCCAGUGGAGACCCUAGGUCGCAAGUACCCCGAUUUUCACCUUGAGGACAAGGUGCAAUUAGAACCGGGGAGGGAUGAUACGAGUAGCGACCAGGUGGACGAGGAAGGUACAGAGGACGGGGACUUCGGAGAAACUACGGAAGACACAACAGUUAAUGAAGGGAGGGAGGUGACGAACCCUUCCCAAUUGCCGAUUCUCCUCCUCUGUAUGCCCUAUCGCAGAUUUCUUCAUCAGCCAAAACUUCUUCGCCAAAAAUUCGCUGAUUCUUGUGGUAGAUCUUCGCCGAAGGAAAGGAAAUCCGCUGUUUCUUCGCGUAUUCUUCACGGAUUCUUCAUGUCAAUUUCGAAAUCUAAAACGUCACAAUCCCCUUAUUCUUCUAAGUCAAUUCGAUAACCAGUCUGCGCAUUCUAAGGCUGAGAUUAGCUAGGAAAGGUUGAUCAAAGAGGUGUGAAAGUUUCAUGCAGUAAGAGAGUGUGGACUUGAAGUGCAAGCUGUAGGGAUGUGGCUUUCAGGGUAGCCACACUAAGGAGCUGCUGGGACAACGGAAAAAACGUAGGACCCAAAUCCGGCUUCCAUAACUUUGCUGACGCCAUUGCACAACCAAUUCCAAUGGACAACAUCAUCUUCGGCAAUCCCAUAGCGCCAAUAAAGGCCCAGUCUGAAAAUCAGGAAAGGAUUGAAGGGAACCUUGCUUACAGAUUCCAAGAUAUCACUUUCUUCAAUGGGUCUAUGGAACUAAUGGUUGUCCGUAAAAAGAAGCUUCAUCCUCUAACAACUUCCUUAACAUGACAAUUAAUUUUGAACACGCUGAAGUACCAUUACAUAACCUUUUCAAAUUGCUAAAGCAGGUUACUCGUCACAAGAGUUACUCCAAAGCUAUUGCCAAUGAAUCGCAGUUAAAACAAAAUAUGCUUAUACUUCUUUCUUCAGACCAUUGCUUCUUAAGUGUGAAUAACAAAUUACCAUAAAAUGUUAUCCUCAAAUUGCCUUCAGUUGAUAUGACAUAACCACUUUGUUUUAAUAAAAUUCAUUUAUAUAUUGACUAUAGUGUUGCUCAAAUGAGUACACAAAAGCGGAAGAUAAUGUUUCCAUAUACAGGCAUAAUUUUCACUGUAUAUUCCCAGGACUUUUCAACUAAAGUGAAUCUUGAAAUGUCAGCUGUUUACAACUUCAUUUAGAAAAGAAUGAUAAUUUUUAUUUUAUAAGCAUUCUUGGAUACAUCACUAAUCACUAUUCCUUAAAUAGAAUAUUAAUUAUUGUUUUAAAUUUGAAUUUACAGUGUCUUUGUAGCUUCUUUGAAAGUGGCAGGUGAAGCUCCUUCAGGAAACCGGAU